UUUUAUGGGGUUGAUUUAUGCAAGGCAUACUCUCCAAAUUCCAAGAAAGGUUUACAACUAUAAAUAUGUAAUAGUCUAAAAGGACAGUUCCUUCAACCGAUGUAAAACGAGUAGGAUGCAUUGAGGAAGAUUUUAGUGUUGAUGAUAAAAAGAAUUAUAAGAUUUAACUGUUUCUUGGCCAGGUGGUUUCUGUGAAGAAGUAUUAUCCCGUGUUGCCAGCAGUUCCGAAAAACCGUAGCGAAAGGAAGAAAACCGUUUUAAGAGCUGCACAAUGAUUGCGACGACAAACUCAACAGAGGGUGGAACACAGACGGAAGCGUAUAGAAUAUUGCCAUGUUCCCCUUCCUCGAUAGUUGGGUUACAACCACAAUCGAUUUAUUUCUCGGCAGUUAACAUUUUCCUCUCCAUCACGGCAUUUCUUGGGAAUUUUCUAAUCCUUGUUGCCCUUAACAAGGAAUCUUCCCUUCACCCUCCGUCCAAAAUCUUGUAUCGUUGUCUGGCAACAACUGAUCUGUUGGUUGGUCUUGUUACCCAGCCUCUCGCUGCUACUUAUUGGAUCUCCUUGGUUCACGAACACUGGAGUCUUUGUCGAUACGUAAGGGACGCAGUCUACAUAUCAGGCUUUGCAUUAUGUGGGGUGUCUUUGUUGACGUUGACGGCCAUAAGCGUGGACAGACUUCUCGCUCUGUUGUUGGGAAUAAGAUACAGACAAAUAGUAACUUUAAAGCGUACAUGUAUUAUAACAGCUACCUUUUGGAUUUUUUCCGUAGCCGCUGCAUCAUUUUCCGUUUCACAUACUCGAAUUACCCUUUGGUGUGGUAUUAUAGUCAUACCGUCAUGCUCAGUGAUCUCAAUCGCCUCGUAUACAAAGAUAUUUCGCACUCUUAGACAUAAUCAGGCUCAAGUACAAGAUCGUGUUCAACAACAGUCGAGCCAAACAACUGCUCUAAACAUGGCAAGAUACAGCAAGGCAGUGAGCACUGCACUGUGGGUGCAGUUAGCUUUAGCUGUUUGUUACGUACCAACAAUUUUAGUGUUGCUUGUGCAAGCUUCUAGAAAAACUUAUUCUUCACAUGUAGUAGUUAUAGCUGCAAUAGCACAUAUUUUAACAUAUUUUAACUCCACUUUGAACCCGUUUCUCUACUGCUGGAAAGUCAAAGAAGUGAGGCAAGCAGUAAAGCAGACAAUCCGACAAGCACUUUGCUUUCCAUGGACUUAGAUAUAUUUUCUAGGGGUCGUUAAUCAGCCGUAAUUUGAAAGGAAAAGAAAAGAAUAUCGAAUGAAACAAACACGAUUUUUCAGCAUCUACUGUGUUUUAGAUGCUUUAGUGUUUGCCUAAUUAUGCUAAUAAAUAUCACAUAAAAACACAGUACCAUUGUCGAACUCGCUGCGUGUUUUCUUGCCAAAUCCUAAGGCCGUUUUCUGCUCAUUCCAUGUUUUUAAAAUUGAUCUAAUGAGCCAUAGAACAACAACGCACUACUGUAGACUAAACUACUCCUGAUUAUAUGCGCACGAUUUAUGAGAAUUG